CUCCCACCCAUCGAUUCCUCUCGGACACUGCCCCAAUCCCUCCAUACUCCCUCUCUCUCUCUCUCACUCUUUCGACAAAGAAAAAGUCAGCGCCGUCCUUUACGCCAUAGUUUGUCUCCUUCUCUCUCUCCUCACCAUCAGAAGCAAAAAAGUAAACAAGCUUUUCCUAAAAAAAACCCAGGAAUUCAAGAUCACGGCCAUGUCCUCCGAGGAUUGGGAUCUCUUCGCCGUCGUCAGAAGCUGCAGCUCCUCUGUUUCCACAGCUACUAUAAACACCAACUCUUGUGUUGGUCAUGAAGACGACGGAGGAAACUGUAAACAACAACAAGAUCCUCCUCCUCCUCCUCUGUUCACACACAUCCAUGGAGACAGAGACUCUUCUUCUUCUUGCAACGAGCUACAAGAGUCUUGCAAACCUUUUUUACCCGUUACUACUACUACUACAACUUGGUCUCCUCCUCCUCUACUUCCACCUCCUCCUCCUAUAGUUUCAUCACCAGCUCCUAAUGUCUCAAUGAAACAAGAACAACUACUUCUCGAAUCACAAGAUCAGAAACCUCCUCUAGGUGUUAGGGUUUUCCCACCGCCCACUUCUUCUUCUGUCUUUGUUUUCAGAGGUCAACGCGACCAGCUUCUUCAACAACAAUCUCAACCUCCUCUUCGAUCUAGAAAAAGAAAGAAUCAGCAAAAGAGAACCAUAUGUCAUGUAACGCAAGAGAAUCUCUCUUCUGAUAUGUGGGCUUGGCGUAAAUACGGUCAAAAACCCAUCAAAGGCUCUCCUUAUCCAAGGAAUUACUAUAGAUGCAGUAGCUCAAAAGGAUGUUUAGCUCGAAAACAAGUUGAAAGAAGUAAUUUAGAUCCUAAUAUCUUCAUAGUAACUUACACCGGAGAACACACUCAUCCACGUCCAACUCACCGGAACUCUCUCGCGGGUAGUACUCGAAACAAAUCUCAACCCGUUAACCCGAUUCCUAAACCCGACUCGUCAGGUCAAACCGUUCUUGGGUCUAAUGCGGUUAAAGAAGAGAUACAUCUUUCACCGACGACACCGUUGAAAGGAAACGACGACGUUCAAGGAACCAACGGAGAUGAAGAUAUGAUUAGUCAAGAAGUCAACAUGGAAGACGAAGAGGAAGAUGUAGAAGAAGUAGAAGAAGAAGAUGAUGAAGAUGUUGGUGAAGAUGAUGACAUGGAUGAUCUUUUGAUACCUAAUUUAGCGGUGAGAGAUCGAGAUGAUUUGUUCUUCGCUGGUAAUUUUUCCUCUUGGUCCGCCGGAUCCGCCGGUGACGGUGGUGGAUGAUGGAAGACGAAUAAUCUCAAUUUACAAAAAAAAAAAAAACAAAAAAAAAAAAGAUAA